AUGGAAAAAUCUGACAUACAAAUUUUCCUGGAGCUGAAAUCAUGCUGUGAUAAUCUCAUAAAAGAUCCUAAUAAAGAAUAUGCAUAUAGAAUUGCAACAGUGGCCAAUAACAUCUCCAAUGAAGUCGUCCAAAACUUGUCAGAGUAUUGUUUAUUUCCCAUUAUUACUUCUCUACGAAACAACAGUUUAAGUAUGAAUGUAAAAGAGCAAUUGGUAAAGACUAUGAGAGUUAUAAUACAGAAGACUAGAAUUACAAAAUUAAAGCACUUUUAUGAUAUCUAUGACUCUUUGUUACUUCAAAUUUUUGACAAAAGUCAGCCAAAUCAUGUAAUUAUGUUUCAUGAGGAACUUAAGGAAGCAGUAGCUUUAUGUAUCAAAGACCUCAUUCACCAAAGUUUUACUGAUGUUAUUGAAUUGCUCUAUAUUAAAGAGAAUAUAUUGAAACUUGGUCAAGGAAUAUUAUUAUGCUUAACAAUUGCAAGAAUGGAAAAAUCAUCUAUUGUAAAAUUAGCAGGAAUAGAUGCAGUAAUGGUUCUAUGUCAUAUAGAUGACAAAAUAGACAAGUCUGAUAUCAUUAUACAAGAAAAAGUAGCAGAUACCAUUAUGGCAUUUUUACCUGGUAUUGUUAGUGGACUACAGGAAAUAGCAAUGGGAAGUGAAGUUCAAAAUCAUAAGGUUACAAUGAUGGCGGUUCGAGCAUGGGGAAGAGUCAUAUCUCUUGUAAUGCAUGAUAAAGAAGGGGAGGAAGACAUUGCAUUUUCUAUAGAAACACUUAUGAAAAAAGAUUACAGUGUCCUUAUCGAGACGUCACACCCUGCAACAUAUAAUGGUAAAUGUGAUAUAAAACAUAAUCUAAAGGGAGCCACAAGAAAUAAGGAAUGGUUUGAAGCUGCAGCUAUUAAGCUUGGUGCUUGUAUACAGCUUGUGGACAAGAUCAAGAGUCAUUCACAUUGUAAAGUCAGAGGAGAACUGGUAGAAAGUAUCAAUCUUAUACUCGAAAAUUGUUCUAGAAAUAUGAAACCAAAUAUUAUGGCAUUAACGGACUAUUUGAUUUCCUUGUCUGAAGAUGAGUCCAUAGAAGUUAGUGAAAAAGCACAUAAUGUGCUGCGCAGUUUAAGUGAAAACUACAUGCAAAAUCACAAUAUGAGACCAUUAAUUGAUUCAUUGGAAGAUAAGUUUUAUGGUUUACUUACAAGAUUGCCUACAUUUGUCAGACGGUCAGAUGAUAAUGAACAAUUAGCAUCUUUGAAUCAAUUUGCUGGCUAUCUAAAGCUAUUUGGAAAACAAAGAUUACCUCAUAUUAUGAGAUCACAGGCUCACAUACGAAGAUUACUUUUAGCCCUUGUAUACAUUAUGGCAUUAGAUUGUAAUGAUGUAUCCCCUUUAUUAACAACAAAUAUGAAAGAUUUAGACGAUCCCAUGUAUUUCUACAGAUCAGAUUCAUGGAAAAAAUUUAAAUUUAUUAAGAACAGUUCAUGUAGAGACAAACUUGUCACAAUAUGCAAGCUGCUUGGAGAAUUUGGGGAUUUUAGGAUAUUAGUCGAUACUAUUCUUGAGCUUAUGUCGGAUGCAUCACAACACAGAAAAGAACUGACUUUAUUACUUAACUGGAUCUUAGUUUCUGUUAAAGAUCCAUCUGUUUCACAUUUAUAUAAGGAAAUUGUGGAUUUUUAUACAAUGCAGGAAGUAUGGUACUUGCCCAUAGAAGUAUCUAAAGAUACUCCUUUGGUGCAGGCACAGAGUAAUAUAGUACAGUGUUGUCUUUUGAUGGAAGGACUAGGCUAUAUAGCACAAAAUUUACAACAUGACUAUGACAGAUAUCUUUUGAAAACUUUGUACAUAAUUAUUGAAAAAGCAGGUAGUGGAAACGGUUUGAUCAGUUAUAUCGGAGUGCGUACUCUCGAAAGUAUCGCGGAGACGCAACAACAUAAGACGAUCGGCGAUCUAUUACGUGCGAACGUAGAUUAUUUUUCUUAUCACAUUUUAAUGAAAUUACGCCAAGUGGCUCGUAAUCCUGGCGUGCUCGAUGUUAUUGAAGUUGUUAUGAAAUACAGCAAAUUAGACUUCUUACCACAUUUAAAGGGAAUUGUGGAGGAUGUACUCAGACAAUUAAGUAUGCCUUAUCAUCAAAAAGAUACUUAUUCCUUCUUAAAGAUAUUUCAUACGUUUAUCGCGUGCGUGAAAACAUUAAUAAGUUGGGAGGAUACAAAAGAAAUAAUAAAGAAAGAAGACAUACAAACUACAAAUAACCUUUCGGAGACAAUUAUCCUUUCUUUGUUGGAAUAUUAUAAUGCAAAGAAGAUUGAUGAAAAAUUCGAAGAUAAUAUUGAAGAGACAGAAUCAAAUGCAGAUGUGCCAAAUUUUGAAGAAUUAACAAAAGAGACAAAUAAAGAUUACUCUAAUCUAAAUGCAGAAGAUGAAAAAGACAAAAAGUUACCAACCCACAUAAAGAUAAUACUAGAAGUUAUGAGACGCUGUUUACAUUUUUUACCUUUGAAAGAUGUACACAUAUCAUUAAUGGCAAUGCAAACGCUUCAAGAAGGUCUACCAAUGUUAGUCAAAUGGGAGAAUGAGCUAUUACCUAUUGUACAUCAACUGUGGCAUCCGCUAACCGACAGAUUUAACGAUAAAAAUGUUCUUGUGAUUAAUCGUUCAUGGCAACUCUUACAUGUACUUGCCAACAUAUCGAAUGACUUUAUCAGAAACAGAACUCUACGACAGGUAUUGCCAUUCGUAUUUAAAUUUUUGGCUGAAUCUUCCACAGAAAGCAUUGAUAAAAGCUCUGUGAAUAUUUACAAGUUUACGCAAACCUACAAAUUACAAUACGAAUUAUUAUCUACAUUGGGAUUAAUCGCCCAGCUCUUAAAACUUCGUGAGCGAGAAUUAUGGCAAAUAUUAAGUAAUACACAAUCGUAUCUUAGUGCACGACAAAAUCCUAUGUUACAGGCAUGCUGUGUAAAAUUGUACAAAGAUAUUGCCGAUUAUAAUGGAGAUAUCGCGUGGUUGAAAUGUCUCAGUAUCUGGAAUUCAAAAAUUGCACAAAUAACACCUGAUGCAACACUUGAUAUAAAUAAUCUGCUGGAUUCAAAUGUUGCUCGAUCAAACAAGUAUUAUAAAAACUUAAACGAAAUUAUUACAUACAUCCAAAAAAAGGAUAUCCACUGUUAAAUAAAUGUAUAUAUUAAAAGUAUAAGAUACAUAUUAUAUUUAAGAACUGUAAUAGAGUAUUGGGGCCUUCAAAAUGAUACAAAUGAACAACAUAAAUACUGGACCAAAAUUCUUCAAGGCAACAAUGCGCCAUUCAGUUACAAAACGCCUUUAUUCUUUAUAGAAUCACUAAAAUGGUAUAAAAUGUUAAUUAUAUAUAAAAGAUGUAGAUUAUUAGAAUUAUUGAAAUAUACAUGGAUGAAUAA